GGGAGGCGAAAAAAAACCCCUAAACUCCCCUUAACCCUCUUCUCCUCUAAUUCUUCCCUCUCCUUCCAAUCCUUCUUUAAUCCCUGCAGAACCUUUUUUUUUCUCGUGUUGGCUUCGUGUUCAGGAACAUGGAGUGGUCGCAUGAGCGGCGCGGUAUAGACAAGAGAGAACCAUAACCCUAUCUUCUUCACACCUGACUCCGUCUUCUUCUUCUUCAUCACCACCACGACACUUCACCCCUCAGACAGCCGGGGCACCAGCAUCCCACCAUCAUGCGCAACCCCUCCCGUCCUCUCGUCGAUAGAUGAAACACGCCCCGGACUGGAAUGCAAUGUCCGCCUUCGACCGCGCCACCCACAAUGAAGGCAGCUUCAGCGCCGUGACGCCGGGCGACACGGUGCAAAAAUACGUGAUCAGCGCCUUCUCGGCGAUCACCUGGUACAACGCGAUCGAGCUGGUGAUCUUAUGCCUGACGACCUUCCACUCGUACCGGGGCUGCUACUUCUGGAGUUUGUUCAUCACCAGCUUCAGCCUGAUCCCGCACGUGCUGGGGUACACGCUGUUCCUGUUCGCGCCGGAGGUGUCGCGCUACAUCUCGGUGACGCUGAUCGUACUGACGUGGUACUGCAUGGUGACGGGCCACUCGCUGGUGCUGUGGUCGCGGCUGCACCUGGUGCUGCAGCGCCCCAAGCUCCUGACCUGGAUCCUGGGGGCGAUCGUCCUCGACGCGGCCCUCUUCCACAUCCCGACCACCGUGCUGCUGUACGGGGCGCUGGGCGGCGCCCCGCGCUGGCAGGCCGGCUACAACGCCAUGGAGCGCAUCCAGCUCGUCGCCUUCUGCGUCCAGGAGGCCCUUCUCUCCGGCAUCUACGUCUACGAGACCAUCAAGAUGCUGCGGCUGCGGCCCGAGCGCCCCCGCCGCCUCAUCCUCGCCCAGCUGCUCGUCAUCAACAUCGUCAUCCUCAUCCUGGAUCUCGCCGUCGUCGCCAUCGAGUAUGCCGGCUACUACGCCCUGCAGGUCAUGUUCAAGCCCGUCGCGUACAGCAUCAAGCUGAAGCUGGAGUAUGCCAUCUUGGGCCGGUUGGUGCAGAUCGCCAAGGGCCCGAGUCUCAACGAUGCCGAUCCGUUGUCGAAUACCAGUGCAACCAGUGCAUUUGUCACCACCCCGCAGGGCUGGGAUGAGUGUGUCGCGGGCGCGGAGACGGCGACCACGGGCACAAUGACCACCGUGGUCAGGCAGGUGGAGUCGGAGGGGUCCGGCUUGCAGGGGCGCAGUCCGGUUCGGUCGCGCAAUAGUUUGGUUUCCGCUUGUUAGAGCUUUCUGACAUAUAGAGGGGGAUUGGGCUUACGUUCUCUGUGUACUAUUCACGAUAUAUAUUGUUGCGCUCUAGAUUACUCGGUUCUUAGAG